AUGCAACGGCAAGGCAACGGCAAGGCAACGGCAGGGCAACGGCAAGGCAACGGCAAGGCAACGGCAAGGCAACGGCAAGGCAACGGCAAGGCAACGGCAAGGCAACGGCAAGGCAACGGCAAGGCAACGGCAAGGCAACGGCAAGGCAACGGCAAGGCAACGGCAAGGCAACGGCAAGGCAACGGCAAGGCAACGGCAAGGCAACGGCAAGGCAACGGCAAGGCAACGGCAAGGCAACGGCAAGGCAACGGCAAGGCAACGGCAAGGCAACGGCAAGGCAACGGCAAGGCAACGGCAAGGCAACGGCAAGGCAACGGCAAGGCAACGGCAAGGCAAUGGCAAGGCAACGGCAAGGCAACGGCAAGGCAACGGCAAGGCAACGGCAAGGCAACGGCAAGGCAACGGCAAGGCAACGGCAAGGCAACGGCAAGGCAACGGCAAGGCAACGGCAAGGCAACGGCAAGGCAAGGCAACGGCAAGGCAACGGCAAGGCAACGGCAAGGCAAGGCAAGGCAGAGUAAUAUCGGGCUUUACCUUCGAAAUCAAUUUUUGUUUGUUUUUGUUUCAUGCUUGAUCUGGUCAAGCCAAAAUGAGGGUGACGGUAUAUCAUAUUACACUAUCAUCAUAUGA